CAGACGUACAGUGCGUCAUGCGGAAAAAGUUUGGAGCCGAAAGCGAAAAUGAUAGCGAAAUCAGAUAGUUGAAGGAGCACUUUCUUUUAAACGUUGAGAGGGAUCUAAACGUUUUUAGGGUUUUAAGCGUUGGUCAGUUCACAUCGGCCCAAUGAACGCGGAGGAAGCAUUUAACGCUAUGUUGUUAGAUAUCUCUAACGAGCUCAACGAGCAGAACUUGGCGGAGCUCAAGUUCUUGUGUACUAAAAUUGGGAAGAAACGCAUGGAAAAUGUAAAGGUGGGCAUUGAUCUGUUUCGGCAUCUCAAGGAAUUAAAUGAACUAAGACCUGGCCAUGCAGUGUGUCUCUGCACAUUACUGGCUCAAAUAAAGCGGCAGGAUCUUGUUGACAAAGUGCAGGAGUACAUGUCAAAUAAUGCAACAGACGUAGUAGGCCCACCAGAAUCUAAGGAACAAGCAAAGGUGAAAAAGGCAAUUGAUGUCAUUGUUGAAAACCUUGGCAAAGACUGGCUACGAUAUGGCAGGAGGCUGGGACUGCCUGAAGUAAAACUUGAGCAAAUCCGAGUGAAACACCCUUUUAACCUCGAGGAGCAGGUGAUGGGAAUGUUCAGUGAGUGGAAGCAGCUGAAGAAAGAGGAUGCCAAGGCAGAUGAUUUGGUACAAGCACUUCGCUCUUGCAGACUAAAUCGCACCGCUGAUCUAGUUGAGACAGAGAUGAAAGAUUGAAUGGAGAUUGAUGCAUUCCUGACAACUCGGACGUCAGAGGUCGGACAAUCGUGAAGUUGGGGCUGAUCGACUAACACCGAGGUCAGAAGAGAGAACUUUGACUUCAAGUCGCGUUCCAUUACCUUUUCCCGAGGUCAGAAUUCUUGACCUCCGAGUUUGUCUUGAAUGACAAAGAAAUAUGACUUCCGAUUCUGGAAUACAGCAUAAGGUCCCUGUGCUGUGUUGUGAAGUUCCUUGCUAAUAUGAAAGAAUGUCUGCUUGAUUAAAAUAAUAAGGCUAGACCUAUACUACCCAGCCAGUUCAUGACUAAUCGUUGUCAAUUUUAAAGAGCAUAUUUCAUUUUCUGUGCUGCAUUAUAUUGUCUUUAUAUGCUCUAUCUCAGUGAAUGUGGAAGGUGUUGUAUAGCCUAUGGGUUGGAAAGUAAAACAUUGUCAGCUACAGAACAGGCUAUUCUGAAAUUGUCUCAGCUGAAGCCUACUGCUUACACUGAGGUUAAUUAUUUUGGGGGAAGUUCGAUUUCUUGAUCAAAUAAAGCUGCAAAAUGAUAUUGGAAAAAAUCGCUUUGAUGCAUUUCUCAAAUCAUCCUUAAAGUUUGUACUACAGUUACUACAUUUCUCAAAAUAAGUAGGCUCGUUCAAACUGCACUACAUAGUGGUGGAUUACCUGCAAAA